AUGGCCAAGUCUGGGAGCCAAAAAAGGCGUAGAGAGGCCGAGGCAAUCCAGGAGCAAGCAAUUGCGUCCGCCGCAGAAGUCCCAGGAACCACCACUGCCGCACCUCCUACCAAGAAAGCCCGAGUUGAAGAGCGCCGCUCACUCUUCGUGCGAUCUCUGCCCCCCAGCGCCACCAGCGAGACUUUGACCGAACUCUUUUCGCAACACUUUCCCGUCAAGCACGCCACUGUUGUCCUUGACCAAAAGACAAAGACCCCUCGCGGAUAUGGUUUCGUCACCUUUACUGACGCCGAGGAUGCGCUACAGGCCAAGGAGAAGCUUGACAACCACCUGAUAGACGGUCGCCGUAUGAGGCUGGAAAUCGCGGAGCCGAGACAUCGUGCCGCAACAAAGGCCGGCGUUGCUGUUGAAACGCCACUCGCUGCCGAGAAGCGCAAAAGGGAGGAAGAGGAGGCCGAGGAUCGCAAGCCACCCAAGUUGAUCAUACGGAACUUGCCAUGGAGCAUCAAGACCAAGGACCAGCUCUCGGCUCUCUUCCAAAGUUAUGGAAAGGUCCGAUUUUCCGAUUUGCCCAACUCCAAAGGCAAGCUGUCGGGUUUUGGCUUUGUGACCCUUCGGGGGAGGAAGAAUGCAGAAAAGGCAAUCGAGGGUCUGAAUGGCAAGGAAGUUGACGGAAGAACUAUCGCCGUUGAUUGGGCUGUCGACAAGGCUACUUGGGAGAAGCAGCAGCAGAACGACGAUGAUUCUGACACACCCAAGAAGGCAAAGACCAAGGAGGCCGACGCCAAGGCAAACAGCAAGGCCGAUCAAGCCAGUACAAAAACAAAAUCGAAAGGGGAUGAUGACUUUGACGAGGACGAAGAUCUCAAGAACUUCUUCGCCAACCAGGGUGACAAUCUAGAAGAUGAGGAUGAAAGCGACGAGGAUGAUGACGAAGAUAAGAAGAGCGACGAUGAGGAUGACGAAGAUGAAGAGGAAGGAGGGGCAAAUGUGAACGACGACGAGGAGGAGGAGGAUGCGGAAUCUGCCAAGAAAAAGGCGCAGACGACAGACAAUUCUAGCACACUCUUCAUACGGAACCUACCGUUCACCACAACCGAUGAGCAGCUCAAAGAGCACUUUGCACACUUCGGCGCCGUGAGGUAUGCCAGAGUCGUCAUGGAUCAUGCCACCCAAAAGUCGGCUGGCAAGGGUUUCGUUUGUUUCUUCAACACCGAUGAUGCAGAGUCGUGCCUUAGGGCUGCGCCUAAAUACCGGCCUGCUCCAACGCUGUCCAAGCAUUCCGUCCUCCAAGACGAGACAGUGGAUAUGAGUGGCAAGUACACUCUGGAAGGCCGUAUUCUGCAGGUGUCCAAGGCACUGAGCAAGGGAGAGGCGCAACAGCUCACGUCCGAGGCUGCGGCGGCGCGCGACUCGGAGGAGAAGGACAAGAGACGACUGUUUUUGUUGAACGAGGGCCAGAUACGCCCGGACUCACCCAUAUACAACCAGCUCCCUCAAUCCGAGAUCCAGAUGAGGGAAGCCAGCGCGAAGCAGCGCAAGAAGAUGAUCGAGAGCAACCCUAGUCUGCACCUGAGCUUGACGCGGUUGGCCAUCCGCAACAUCCCCCGCAGCAUGACAUCCAAGGACCUCAAGGCCCUGGCGCGACAGGCCGUCGUGGGAUUUGCCACUGACGUCAAGGCGGGCAAGCGUCAACCCCUCUCCAAGGAGGAGUCGAGACGGGCUGCCCGAACGGGCAAGGAAGCCGAGCACAAGCGUAAGCUGAAGCGUAGCGGUGUCGUAUCGCAGGCAAAGGUCGUGUUUGAAAGCAAAGACGGUUCCAAGGUGGCCGAGCCUAGAAAGGGCGCCCCCGCCGACGCCGGUGCCAAGAGCAGAGGCUACGGCUUCAUCGAGUACUCGUCACACAGAUGGGCUUUGAUGGGUGCGCGCUGGCUGAACGGCCACGCCGUCGAGGGCGGCACCGGCAAGAAGGCCACGCGACUCAUUGUCGAGUUUGCCAUCGAGAAUGCAAACGUCGUUGCCAGGCGGAGCGCAGCUCAGGAUAGGGCAAGGGGUCUGGCUAGGACAGAUGCGGCCAAGCCUCAGCUGAAAACAGGCGACGACAGCAAAAUCAAGGAUGAUGCCACAAAGACUCGUUCCGACAGGGCCCAGGAGGAGAUGCUGGAGGGAGAAGGCGAGAAGCCUUCAAAGUCGGCGGGUAAAAAAUUGGCAAUGAGGCAGCAGAUCAUAGGUCGCAAGAGGAUGAUGCGCAAGAAGAAGGCAGAGGUACGGAAAGGAAAGCGAUAG